AUGCCAAAUCCGCAGCCACUCUCGUACCAGUCCGGCUCUUACGACAACCCGCCUUCGUCUGAAACAUCCACACCACGAACUCGACGUGAAGGUUUACAUCGAGCAAUCCGCAACACCAGUUUCCUCGCCCGCGAGGCAGGCAACAACAGCAUGUCUGACCAGGACCGCCGACCACGAUCUACUCUCCUCAGCCCUAUCAACCGCCGUCGAUAUCGAUCUCCGAGCAACGCAUGGGAGUCGCCGAGGGAUACACCCGAGACAUCCGACUCGGCCCAAGGACGACGUUCGAAACGUAGGAAGCUUGACGGGGAGGACGGUGCAGUAACGUCGACACCUGCCAUCAAGUAUGGUCACUUUGGGCAGGUCGAGCCGGGGACAUUGAAGCUGGAUCUGAUCAGCUGUGACGGCGGCGAGCAUGUCGACCCACGAAGUCCGGGACUAUAUCUGGGCGUCAAGAAUGUGCUGCAGCACAAUAAGAGCGUGUACUGCUCGGAACGACCAACUGCGAACAUUAUUCUCAAGCAUGCGGAUGACACCGUUUUUGAUCUAGAGAAACUACAUAUCGUUGCACCGGAGCAUGGCUUUACGGCGCCCGUCCGAGAAGGCCUCGUCUACGUCGCAAUGACACUCAAGGAUCUAGAGCCGUAUCUUGAACCACCGCCACAUGCUCGACGAGCAGCACCACAGCGGUAUCCCUCGCCUCGAAGACAACGUCGGUACAUGAAUACCCUCCGUCAAUCCCCGGAACGACUUACACUCUCCGACGCACUUCGUGACCCUCACAUAGACGCCGCACUCGGCCGACGAGGAACAGACUACGCACGAGCCGCAGACUCAGCCCACGACCUCGCCCAAGCAGAAGAGACCUACUACGGCACCGACUUCGGCUUCGGCCGCGAAGAAGCAGAAGCCCACUGCGAGAUCCCCUCUCUCGACAACACCACCGCCACCGAACCCAACUCUAACAUCAUCCUCGGCCACGACGACGAUGACGACUCCCCAUCCCCCAUAACAAUCCUCAGCGACGAAGACGCCGGCCCCGAAGAAAUCUCCAGCCAAGAAGUCCUCGACUUCCGCCAAUCCCGCCUCCGGCUAAUGCGACGACGCCACGAGCUCGAACUCCUCGACCGCGAAGAAGAGCGUUGGACUGCAGGAUUUCCUCCUCCACCGCCGCCACCACACCGGAAUGAUGCGCUCCGUGAGGAGAGCGCCGCUGCGGGUGGAAGAAGGACUAAUAUGCCUGCCCUCCGAGCCCGAGCCCAAGAACUAUGGGAGCGACAUACGACUGGCCGACGAGGAGGUGACCCGCACCCUGAAUCUCCGGCCCACGAUCUCGUCUCCAGCAACGCAAACGGCUACACCACCACCUCCCUCCCAGCCACCCACAUGUCCACCACAGAAUCCCGCACCCACCAUCCCAGCAGACCCCGAACCGAAAUCAAAGACCCCAACGUCACACACGCCCACUUCUCCAUCAAACCGGGCAAACAUAAAGUCACCCUUCACUUCGACCCGGGAGUCUCCGGGCAAUUUAUUUUAGUGCGAGUCUGGGCUGAUGGAGGACCGGCAGGGUUUGUUGGUGGAUUUGGUGGUUGUGGUGGUGGGAGGAGUAGGAAUGUGGAUGUGCAGAGCAUCAUUGCUAAGGGGUUUGGGGGGUGUAAAUUUUUCCCGGCGAGGGGGGUGAGGUGA